UAGACGACCAAUAGGGACUAGCCUCAGGGGCGGGCUCACGUGCAGGUGUCUUCCAGGUGAGAGCCCGAGCCUCCAGCCCGGAGACGGGUGGUGUUCUCGGGGCAGGGAUCUCAAAAAUCAGAUCCAGUGACCGAUGGCGGAGGCUUUCAGUCAGGAAGCCGUUUUGGAUUUUCUUUUGGUUCACCGUGGAAAGGUGAGGAAUGCGGAUCUGACCGCUCACUUCAUCCGCUUCUUGAGGGAUCCCGAGAGACAACGGCAGAGCCGCGACCAGUUCAAGAAGUUCGUCAACUCGCUCGCCGUGGUGAGAGUGGAAAAUGGGGUCAAGUACAUCGUCCUGAAGAAGAGGUAUAUCGAAUUUCUCCCCGAGGAGAUCCACUUUUCCAGUGAUGUCCUGGUGCCCGCUCGACCGGAGCGGGAAGAGAAGACGAGGCACAGAGCAGUUGAGAGCUGCCCGCGAGAGCGCCAGCCUGCCAGCUGCCCGCGAGAGCGCCAGCCCGCGAGCUGCCCGCGAGAGCGCCAGCCGGCGAACUGCCCGAGAGAGCACCAGCCGGGGUGCUGCCCGCGAGAGGGCCAGCCUGCCAGCUGCCCGCGAGAGCGCCCGGCAGUUGCUGAGGACAGGCAGCGCGAGGCGGUGCUUAGUCAAACCCAACGCCAUCCGCAGGCACAGCACAAACCUGCUCGUCAACAAUUUGCAAAACUUACCGUCGACGUCGUGCGGGAGCCACAAGGGUUGCCGGGGGCAUUGCGAGCUGGAAACUGUGCCGGCGAAGCAAAUGACUGCAUCUCUGUGCCCGAAGGUAGUCGCUUACAGCUUGAGCCAGUCAGGGAAAAUGGCAAGGGAUUCAAUGUCGUUCAACCAGUUCGGCCGGGCGAUUGGAGUGAAGCUGUCAGCAAAGACGAUGAUGGUUCAGCUCUUCGCAAGUCUACAGAGCAGAGGUCUAGAAAUUCCAAAAGCAAAAAUGGAAGACAUAAAUCAAUCAGAUUAUCUGAUGGUGAUGACAGUCAUAGCAGCAACCCUCCAGUCUCACCCAGUCUUUCUCAUCUCCCCCCACCUCGCUCUAGUCCUCAGGGCAGAAAGGGAAAACCAUUCCAUGGUCAUGCUUGGAUUGACAAUUCUGAGACCAUUUCUGAUGAGCUGGUCACUGAAGGCUUGCAGUAUAAACCUGACCAAUAUCCUCUGAACAAUUUGCUGGAGAAAUCAAAAAACUCCCUUCCCAGAAUGCAGAAGCAGGUCAGUACAUCUACUUGUGAGAACAAAAUGACCAAGCUUUUGAAGAAUCCUCCAUCACCAAAGAAACAUGAAAGUACUGACAAAGGAUAUAAAAUGCCACUGGGGUUAUUAAGUAGUAGUGCCACUGAAGUGCUUGAAAAUUCAGCUGUAUACACAGAAGAAUGCAUUCAAAAGAAACAGAGAAAGCAACCACGGCAGCAUGAUCAGCCAUCUGCUGGAAUUGGACAACUAACAGGCAUGAAACAGAAUUCUAGAGGUCAGAGUACAUUGCCCAAAAGAGGUAAGACUUCUCUUAAAAAGGCUAAGAGUAAAAUGUCACUAGUCAGUCGGCAGUCAACUACUCGAAAAAUAAUGGAUAAGCAAGCAAAUCUUUUCAUUGGCAGUCAAUCACUAAGUCUGGCUCAGACAAUGAGCCACAGUGAGUGCCACAAAGAGGAUCCAUCAAAAAUUGGGGCUACAUCAGAAAAAAAUUCACACAGUUCUAUAGAGCAUGAAUGGAUGGUGAAAACAGCUCUUGGCAGGUUUGAACAGGCUUAUUCCUUAUUCUGCAAAGACCCUAACUUUGCUAUGAAAAGAGAUUUUAUUUCUGGCUACACAGUACUUCACUGGAUAGCAAAACAUGGCAACCAUCAUGCUCUAACUUACUUUAUUAGUACUGCAAGUAAAAAGAAAAUUAAACUUAAUGUGAACAUUAAAUCCACCUGUGGUUACACUCCACUGCACAUAGCUGUUAUACAUGAACAGUUGAAAAUCAUUCAAUAUUUAGUGAAAAAAUAUCAAGCAAAUGUUAAUUUAAGGGACCACAGCGGCAAAAAACCUUGGCAGUACCUGAGCAAUGAGUCUCCUAAGAAUAUGUGCCAGAUGUUGGGUGCUCCUGACCGUAAACCUGCAAUGCAUUCUGUGUUCAGCAGCACAGUUUCAGCAAAGGACAUUAACACAUACAAAUCAUCUUCCGUGAGCAGAAAAACUUCAUUCACUGCUCUUCUCAAAUCUCCACGGGUUCUUCAAAAAGUCAUGCACCAUGAUCCACUUAACACAAUAAUUGAGGAUGAUGAUGAAGACUGAAAUACAUUUAAUUUUUUUUACUAUUUGUAUCAGAAAUUAUAAUCUAACUCCUGGUCAUGUAUCAUAUUCAACAUAUCUGUUCAUCAUGUGAACAUUCUUCAAAGUAAUUUAUAUAUUUUUCAAUGCCAUGCGAGGUACAAUGUUUAGGUCCGAUAUUAUUCAACCGUGUCUCAAGUGAAGAGUUCAGAAUAUGCAGUCAAUCAAAGUUAAGUUGCCAUAGUCUUACCAGACCAUAGGGGUCCUCUCUCGUUUGAGAGAGGAAGUGCUGGUGGUUAAACCUGAAAGUCACGACACCUGAGGCACGGGGAGAGGUUGAGAAGGAAAGCCCUUCAUUGUAACUCCACAAUGUUGGCAUCAUUAUCUCAAGCCAGCUACCCAGGCAACUGAGCAAACCAACCCUCACAAUAAUCAAUCACAGUCAUGAAGAUUGAAUAUCUUCUCAACCCAGAGAAACAAAGCAGUAGAAAACCAAUAAAUGCUUGGAAAUGAACUUCUGGAGCUCAUUUUGUUGUAUAUAAGGUGAAUUGGAUCAAUAUGUGUCAUUCACAAGUUUUACUGGCUUUUCCUUCUCUGAAUGCCUCCUGACAUUGAAAUUCUAUUUAAAUCUCCAAAUGUUCUCUUUAAAUUUCUUGUUGUCUAUGUCAAUUAUCCACAAUUUUCAAACCAUCUCUGCUGAUGGGAGCUUAAUUCACGCUGGGUGUGGGUGCUGCACAUUUGCCAGCAGAUCUCCAAUCCUUCUACAAAUGAAGACCUUUUGCAGUAAUUAUCUAAUGAUCUGAUUGUAAAAGCUUUAUAUUUUACAGUUGCUGUCACUGAGAGUGAUCAAGGGAAAGAUUAAAGGCUGUGUUUUCUUAGUUCUUCCUCAGCUAAAGCAUCUACUACUUUUAUUUAUAGGAUUUAUAAGUUCAGUCAAACCAACCGUUGUCUUAAUUGUAGCAGUUUGGUUAUUUUUCUAAUUUUGAAUACUGAUAACUGCAUUCUAUUCAUAUCUGUCAUGACCAGAGCCAAUUCAAACUGCCAAAAUAGCCUUGCUCUGUUUCCUGAAGCUAUCCUAUCUGAUGCUGCCAUUAUUCGAGUAUCAUCAAAUUUUUCAGCAUGAUAUAGGUGGAAAUCCCAGAUCAUGAGACAUGCUAAGAGAUCAGGAAUUCCUGCCAAUCAUUCAAUGUAAAAUUCAGUCUGCUGGAGCCAUGACUGUCAGAGAGGAACUCAUUAAGGAAGUAAACUGAAGAAGGAAGCCAAGUGGCCAGGAAAUAUUAGGAGAGAGAGAGAGCACAGCCCCAUAAACUGGGAAGAAGCUAAUAACCAUUUAGUGUAGAAGAUUACUAAGACACAUUCACAAUUGCAUGCAAUUUCCCCAUAAAACAUAAGGCAGCUUUUUUUUUCCGUAAUCUUCUGCAUUUUUCCGUUGUUCCUGUCAUGAUUAUGUUUUGAAGUUGCUUCUGCUAGUUUCUGUGUGUGAAGCUCAACGGGGUACAGCAGAACUGCAACUACAUUCUUUGUUUUAUCUGUGUACUGUACAUUAGUAUUGUGACUACACUUCAAGUGUAUCUGUGUACAUCAGUAAUAUAAUUACAUUUGAGUGUAUCUGUGUAUACCAGCACUGUGACAGUACAUCUUGAGGAUAUGUGUACAUGAACACUGUAAUUACAUUUCUUGAAGGUAUCUGUGGCCAGCUGCAUUACUGUUAUAUUUGUCAAGCAUAUUUUUGUUAUCAAAACUGUAUAUUUUUGUACACCUGUGUGGUGCCAACAAUCUUUUUGUGUAUAUGUGUGCACAAGCACUGUGAUUACAAUUCUCAACUAUAUCUGCUAAUGCCAGCACAGUGUGACUAUUCAAUAUUAUAGAAUAUAUUUUUCAGUCCUUCUGUGUUCAACUCAGUGCCAAAAGCUAAA